AUGAGAGUCCCGCUGCUGCCGCCGGCGCCUGUGGUGCUGUCGCUCUUGAUCUUCGGCUCAGCCCAUUAUACUGCUGGAUUAGACGUCAAUGACACCUACUCUGGGAAAGGGGAACCACUUUCUGGGGACCACACUGCUGAUGGAUUUGAGGUGACCUCAAGAAGUCAGAUGUCCUCGGGAAGUAAGAUUUCUCCUGAGAGUGAAAUGCCUUCUAGUAGCGAACUGUCCUCGGGAAUGGACUCUGACUAUGCAGAAGAGUACGAUAACGAACCACAAAUAUCUGGCUACAUUGUAGAUGAUUUAGUCAAAGUUGAACAGGUAGUUAAGCCCAAGAAAGACAAAACUGAAAGUGAAAAGACUUCAGAUAAACCCAAAAGAAAGAAAAAGGGAGGCAAAAAUGGAAAAAAUAGAAGAAAUAGAAAGAAGAAAAAUCCAUGUGAUGCAGAAUUCCAAAAUUUCUGCAUUCAUGGAGAAUGCAAAUUUAUAGAGCACCUGGAAACAGUAUCAUGCCAAUGUCAUCAGGAUUACUUUGGUGAACGAUGUGGGGAAAAGUCCAUGAAGAUUCACAGCAUGGCUAACAGCGAUUUAUCAAAAAUUGCUUUAGCAGCUAUAGCUGCUUUUGUCUCCGCCAUGAGCUUCACAGCUAUUGCUGUUACUAUUACACUCCUGCUUCGAAAACGAUACUUCAGGGAAUAUGAAGGUGUGGCUGAAGAACGAAAGAAACUUCAACAAGAAAAUGGAAAUGCACAUGCCAUAGCAUAA